AAAAAGAAAAAAAAAAAGAAAAAAAAAAAGGGAAAGCAGAAACAAAGCAAAGCAAAAAAAGAGCUUAAAACUUUCAACGCAACCAGAAAAAAAAAAAAAAAAGGAAGGCUAAUUGAAAGUUAUGAAGACAAAUUGGCCUUCUUCUUCUUCUUCUUCUUCUUCUACUUCUUCUCUACAGUCCCAUCUCAACCGAGAAUUGCGGGCCGCCCGGUACUCUUUCUCUUGCUUAACUAUGAAUCGAAGUGUCUAGAAUUGUUAUUAUCAUUCGAUUCAGUUUCUACAAGGCUGUCACUAACCAACUUCAGUUAUCUUGAAGUCUUCAAUAGUCAAUACUACUUAAAAGUCUGCUGUAUCGGUUCUUUGAAGUGAGAUUCUUAAGUUGAAAAGUCUACUCCUUAGGAAUUGGUGAAAAUCAAAUGUAUAUUUAAAAGUACAGGUUCACGGCAUUCUUUACAUUCAUUUUCCUUUUUCCCCUUGAAAGAAGAAAAGAAGGAUAGGUGUUUAUUAAUUGAAGCACAUGGAGUCUGUUAGGUGUUGGUUUAAAAAUUUGAAGUCAAAAGAUAAGUUGAAGUCCACAAAAAAGAAGGAAACUGCAGGUAAUGGGAGGGAUGGAUUAAAAGCACCUACAAGUGAAGAAGCACCAUCGAAUGUGACCAAGCAGAAGGUUGCUGCUGCAAAGCAAUAUAUUGAAAACCAUUACAAAAAGCAGAUGAAGGACCUGCAAGAGAGGAAGGAGCGACGUAAUAUACUUGAGAAGAAGUUGGCUGAUGCUGAGGUUUCUGAGGAAGAGCAAAGUAACUUACUUAAGCAUUUAGAGAAGAAGGAAACAGAAUACAUGCGCCUUCAAAGACAUAAAAUGGGUGCUGACGAUUUUGAGCCCUUGACAAUGAUAGGAAAGGGUGCAUUCGGGGAGGUUAGAGUCUGUAGGGAGAAGUCAACCGGUCAUGUAUAUGCUAUGAAGAAGCUUAAGAAAUCAGAGAUGCUUCGCAGAGGCCAGGUUGAACAUGUGAAAGCAGAAAGAAAUCUACUUGCAGAGGUUGAUAGCAAUUGCAUCGUAAAACUGUAUUGUUCCUUCCAAGAUGAAGAGUAUUUAUAUCUCAUCAUGGAAUAUCUACCUGGUGGAGAUAUGAUGACUUUACUCAUGCGCAAGGAUACGCUAACUGAAGAUGAGGCAAGGUUUUAUGUCGGAGAAACCGUUCUGGCUAUCGAGUCUAUUCAUAAGCAUAAUUAUAUUCAUAGAGAUAUUAAGCCUGAUAACUUGUUGCUUGAUAGAAAUGGUCACAUGAAAUUAUCAGAUUUUGGAUUAUGUAAACCAUUAGAUUGCAGUAAUCUCCAAGAAAAGGAUUUUUCUGUGGGAACCAACCUCAGUGGAGCUCUUCAGAGUGAUGGACGCCCUGCAGCACCAAAGCGUACGCAACAGGAGCAAUUGCAGCAUUGGCAGAGGAACAGGAGGAUGCUGGCCUAUUCCACUGUUGGAACACCUGACUAUAUUGCUCCAGAGGUUUUGCUGAAGAAAGGAUAUGGAAUGGAAUGUGAUUGGUGGUCACUUGGGGCAAUCAUGUAUGAGAUGCUUGUGGGAUACCCACCCUUUUACUCAGAUGAGCCUAUGUCAACUUGUAGGAAGAUAGUUAACUGGAGAACUCAUUUAAAAUUUCCAGAAGAAGCAAAACUAUCUCCAGAAGCUAAAGAUCUCAUCAGCAGACUCUUAUGUAAUGUUGACCAGAGGCUUGGAACGAAAGGCGCAGAUGAAAUAAAGGCUCACCCGUGGUUUAAAGGUAUUGAAUGGGACAAAUUGUAUCAAAUGAAAGCUGCAUUUAUACCUGAGGUCAAUGAUGAGUUGGACACUCAAAACUUUGAGAAGUUUGAAGAGGGUGAUAACCAAAUUCAGACUUCAGCCAAAGCUGGUCCAUGGAGAAAGAUGCUCUCAUCUAAGGAUAUUAACUUUGUGGGUUAUACAUACAAGAACUUCGAAAUUGUAAAUGAUAAUCCGCUGCCCGGAAUUGCUGAACUAAAGAAGAAGAGCACCAAGCCCAAGAGGCCCUCUAUCAAAUCCCUUUUUGAAGAUGAGUCAGCUGCUGCCAACAAACCGGUGCAAGGGAGCUUCCUGGGCCUCUUGCCCCCCAGAAUAGAAGAAGGUUCUGAGCAACCUAGUAGAUCCAAAUGAGCAGCACUAGUCUCUCUAUGCCGUCAGAUUGUCACUGAUUCGAUAAAGAGGAUCAUCCUGUUCACCACUGAGUAGGGCUUUUUGGUUCGCUGAUAUGUUUUUGGAAAGAGAGUUUCGGGGGGCAAAGGCUCCAAGAAUGAGUGGUUUGAGAUGCUAAUUCACUGUUGGCUUAGUUUAACGUUCUCUGUAAAAUAAUAUCAUAGUAAAUAUUCUUUUGAAAAUUGUUCUGUAUUGUUUUACCUGUGAGAAAUUCGCUGCACAACUCUUAUUACGUUGUUUCAUGUAAUUAUUAACUUAUCGCUGUUGGGUUGAUUAUAGGUGUACCAUUUAUACAUGUAAUUAUUAAGAUUUUGAGUUUA